CCCGCCCUCCCCGAGUCUCCUUCUCUUCGGGCGCGCUCGCUCUCUGGUUUGACUCGGCCGAACUGCGGCUCUUCCAGCGAAAAUGUCGCGGGUGUACAUCGGACGUCUGAGCUACAGGGCCAGGGAGAAGGACGUGGAGCGGUUCUUCAAAGGAUACGGCAAGAUUCUGGAAGUGGACCUGAAGAAUGGUUACGGCUUCGUGGAGUUCGACGACCCCCGCGAUGCCGACGACGCGGUGUACGACUUGAACGGGAAGGAGCUGUGCGGGGAGCGGGUGAUCGUGGAGCACACCAAAGGCCCACGCCGGGACGGAGGCUACAGCGGCGGAGGAGGCGGCGGUGGUGGUGGAGGCGGAGGUGGGGGAGGCGGCGGCGGAAGAAGUGGAUAUGGGCGCUGGGGCAGAGACCGAUACGGUCCGCCUAUAAGGACCGACUAUCGGCUCAUAGUAGAGAAUCUGUCCAGUCGCUGCAGCUGGCAGGACCUGAAGGACUACAUGAGGCAGGCAGGGGAGGUCACCUACGCUGACACCCACAAGGGCCGGAAGAACGAAGGCGUCAUUGAGUUCCGCCUCUACUCUGACAUGAAGAGGGCGCUGGAGAAGCUGGACGGCACCGAGGUCAACGGCAGAAAGAUCCGCUUGAUCGAGGACCGCCCCGGCGCCAGGCGCCGCCGCUCCUACUCUCGAAGCCCAAGUCGCUCUAGGUCUCGCUCGAGGAGCCGUCGGUCUCACAAGAGCCGCAGCCGCAGCGAUAGCAGCAGCCGGAGCCGCUCCCGCAGUCGCUCCCGAAGCAAGAAGAACAAGGGCAAGGGCAAAGACGAGGACGACGACGAGCACGGCCAGAAGAAGGAGAGCAGCCGUAGCCGCAGCCCCAGGAGCAAGAAGGGCAAGAAAGAUACCAAGAAGAGCAAGAAAGACGAGUCUCGGUCCAGGUCUCGCUCCCGCUCCACUUCCAGGAAGUCUGUGUCGAAGGGCCGCGACCAGCCCAAGAGCGACGACGAAGGCCCGGAGCCCGAGAGAGCCUCACGCUCCCGUUCCCGCUCGCAGUCCCCCGAGGACUCGAAACCUCGGGCCAGGUCAAAGUCCAAGUCUAAAUCCCCGUCUCCCUCUCCUGCUAAAGCUCGCUCCCGUUCCAGAUCCGCCUCGCGCUCCAUGUCUCGCUCUCCUUCGCGCUCUCGCUCCCGUUCUCGCUCCUAGUUCCGGAUUGGAACUUUUUAUUUCAGCCCCACCUCCCCGUGUCUCGCCCCGUUCCCGCUAACAACCCGCCACCUGUCGCUCCCAGCCCCUUCUUUUUUGAUAGCUAGCUCGUCUGUGCCGGUCUUGCGCGUCUGCGCCUCUUCCCUUCCCUUCCACAUGUCGCCGCUUGUCCCGUAUUAGCCUCCGUCUGUAGGGAUGUUUUAGAUGACUCGACUUCAGUAGUGGCUGUGUGCGCGUGCGUCUGUUAGAUGGGUUUUUUUGUUUAACCUUGGAAGCAUGUUUGCGCUGAGCGGAUAAUCUUUUUGCCAUUUUGACCUUUUGUGAGAUCCAUGGAUUGUUUUCAUUACAAAAUAAAAAUGCGUAAAACGU